AUGGCUUACUCUGUCGCUGAUGUUGGGCCCCCUCAGAGUGCCCUCGUACUUCACGAAGAUAGCAAGGAUGACAGCUUUCAAGCCUCCAGUCGAUCAAUCGAUCUUCUAAUCUGGCACGCCCGUCAUGACGUGGCCAAGGCGGUCACCCUGUUCGGGCCGGGCGUUAUUGUGCUGCCCCUGCUUGGUCGCGUCUCCGGCAUUGAGGAGGAGGGAUGCUUGGAGUAUUCUUGCCACCCAAAACGGGUGGCCAAGGGAGGCGUCCUUGACCGCAUUGACAUGGAGAUGAAGUACGGUGCAUGGGACCCAAAGCGCCUGAUAGAGGAGCUCACUGGCAGAAAGAAGGGCUUAGAGAAGCGCCUGCAGCGAAUGAGCAACGAGGCCCUGCAAGAAGAAGUGCAUGCCAUGCAAGACUGGCGCGAGAAGGCGAGUGGACGUCUAAAGACCCUGGAGCGCCGAGCAGCAUGGUCCUUCUUGGGCGUGGCUGGAGACGGGAAGGCGAGCCAAGAAGAGAUCAAAAAAGCCUUCAAGAAACGUGCUUUGGAGCUUCACCCAGACAAAGGCGGUGAUGCCGAGCGGUUCCGACUGCUGCAGGAAAUGCGCGAUCUCUUAGUCGAGCCCAAGCGAUACGAGCUGGAGGGCAAGAAAGAGAAAUCGGAGGCUGGAAAAAAGGACAAGAAACCAUCGGACAGCAAGGGGAAGGACAAGGAGGGGGAGGAGGAUGAGGAGGACUCGGAAUUCUCUGAUGACAGCUGGGAUGCUGACGAAGAGUUUCGGAAGAUGUUUCCCAAACGCAAGAAGCGCCCCCGACGCUCAGAAGAUGACGAUGCUGAGCCCGAGAGUUUGCAGAAUCAGGACUUCCAUCGGGGCAAGUUUGAGGCUGCAAGACGGAAGCUUCAUCGGCAGUUGGCAGACAUGUGGAGCCGCGCCAGCCAGUUGUCGGAAGAGAUUGGCCGAAGCCAGACGGCAAGCUCGGGAUCUGACGCUGUGCGCCAACUUAGAUCCUUUGUGGAGCUCUUCAACAAGAAGGAGGUGAGCAAGCUCCAAGAGAAUGAUCCCAAAAAAGCGCAUCGCAUCUUCCGGCGGUUCCUUGAGCAAGGUUCAGAGGUCCUGUGCGCAGCCGGGGCUGUGGAUUCGGCUACGACGAUGUCUGUCGUGGCCAUGCAGGUCAACUACCCGCUGUUGCAAGUCGCACCAUCUGAGGAUCUUCAAGACCAGUGUGCGGCGCUCUUGCAGGCCAUUCAGGACCUUCCUACAGCACUUGGGCACCGUCUGGAGUCUGUCCAAGCAGCCCUGCUCGAAGACAAUUUUGAGGAGCCCUUCUUCAUACGUUUGCUCGUGCCUGAUCAGGGGGAUGAGGCCCAAGAGGCCCCCGGCGUGUGUGAAGUCGAGUUGCAGCUGCCUCCAGGUUCGACGCUUGGUGAUUUGCGUGCUGCAGCUUUGCAGAUGUGUAGCGGACACGGCUUUGGCAGCGCUUUGCCCCGCUUGUUUUGCCGGGGCAUCUUCCUCGCCGGGUCCAACUCCACAAGUUUGGCUUCUUUGGAUUUGGACUUGGGGGUGCCACUCCAGUGUUUACCAAGCAACUUGGCCUUGACAAAGGCAAGAGCCAAAGGCAGUUCAGAAGCCAUCGUGAAGACAAGACCGACAGCAUCCCAGACUACUUCCGAGCGUAGCGUGGUUGCCGACCAGGUGCAGAGUCCAGCGAUCCAAGUUAAUCCGAAGGGGUCCGAAGAGAACAAGGAGAAUGAAGAGGAUGCAUGGUUCGAUGAUUUCUUUGCCGCGAAAGCUUCUGACAAGAUGACUCAAGAACCUCAUGUGGAGGAGCCACGCUCACGUCCGCCCGCUGAACAGCGAGCUCCAGCAGACUCGGCGCGGCGUGCCACACAGGAACGAGGAAAGCAAGCCAUGGCAGAUCGACUCAAAGCCCAAAAGGAGGCAAAAAACAAGCAGAAAGCCCAGGCAGAGGCAGAGCGCAGGAAGCCGGCGCAAGCUGACAAAGGCAACCGACAGCCAGCCGAAGAGCCGCGCAGACCGGAGUGCAGUCAGGCUCUUGUGCCGUCGAGGGAGCCAGAUCUCAUCCAAGAUGCGCUGCAGAAAGUGAACUUGUCCUGGGAUGAGUCUUGGCAACAUCCGUGUGCGGGGGCUCGCAGGAGUGAUGGUAAGGCCAUUUUCUGUGGUCCCUGCGAUAGCUGGAUCACUCUUGGGAGUCCCUUCGACCAUCGUGAUUUUGAAAUUCACUGCGAAAAGGUUGGUCACUACGGAUGGAUUGACUGA